AUGGAGGACACGGUGCGCUCGCUGCUGCAAUACAAAAGCCGCGUGGAAACUCUGAAGCAGGAGAAGGCUUCUUUAUCCUCCGCGCUGGAGGCCUCAGCAGCGCACUACCAAAGCCAACUGUCGGCGUUAUCGGCGGAGAACGAACGGCUACGCAACGAGCUCACGGCGUUAUCAGCUGGGGUCCACGACAGCGACCACGAGAAGAGGCUGGACGAUGUCGCGCAGCAAGUUGUUAGAGCCUUACUCUCUCAGAAGAGUGUUAGAGAGGAGUUGGGAUGCGCGCGAGCAAGGAUACGUGAGCUUGAGGCUCAGAAUCGCGCGCUAAGCUCCCUUCUCGUGAGGCAGCUGCGGCCGCAACCCCGACCCUCGCCCGCCACGCCUCACACCCCCCUCACACCGCACACGCCGAGGGAUCUACAAGUGCAUCUCGUAGACGUAGGAUCUUGUGGUUCCCUGGUCUCCUUUAGAGACUCGCCGCCACCAGCUCCACCGGUUCCUCAGCCGCAUCCUCUCAGUCAAGACGACAAACGCCGACACCAAAUUCUGGCUGACAUUUGGACUGAGCUAAAGGGUCUCGAAGUAACUCCCGCAAACCUGGCUCGAGCGCUGUCCGCAGUGGACCCGACGCUGUGGGCGCCGCCCGCCCGCCCCGCGACCCUCAGCCUCAGCGUGCCACAACCAGCUGUCGAACACGCCACUGGUGCAACAAGAGAGAAGGCGAUAGAAGAAGAAAACGGCGAAGCGGGUGCAGAAUCACCAGAAAGUGGUGCGAAAGACGAGGGUUACUCCACCAUGUCCAGCGAUGUUCAAGCCGACGCAUCGCGGCAAAGCGACCACGCCGCCGACCGAGCUUUACCCGACCUGAACGAGGCCUCGGACGAAACUGACAACCAAACUAUCGUCUCAAUCAACCCUAGAGAAUCUCGUCGUCACGCUAGAAUCCUAGCUGAAGCUGACUAUAUAUAUUUUCCCAUAGGUGUAGCGUUCGCAGGUAUUAGAGGCAGCUACCCACCAUCUAGACCAGUAUUACCUUUUCAGCAUGUCGUUAGGAGUUUCUCAGACUCUCACUUAUGCUUGAAGUUACUGACGAGCACAACUUGUCCCACUAGCUGUCUUGACACCCCGUCACCUAGUUCAGGAGUAUUAGUUUUAGAUCUGAAACCAGCCCCAGAAAGGCCACUAAGAAGACCGGCCAUAGCCUCAACUACUAGUUCUGAAAGAGUAUCGUGGGGCAGCACAGUUGAUGAACGCGAUGGAUCUCAAUAUGACGCUGACUAUGUCCAACAUUGGUUAGAAUUAGAUGAUGCGAGAUCUGCGUUACAACAAAGGCAUAGAGAUCUGGCAGACUUAGAGUACGAUAGAGCCGAGUUAGAAGAUUGGAGUUUAUCCUUAUCGUGCGAAGACCUUGGUGAUAGGCAAUCUCCUUUUGCAGAAAUUACCACUCCCGGCCAAAUAUCAUUGUCUACUUUGCCGAGUAUAAGAGAAGAUGAUGCGCUAGAAUUAGAGGAGGAUGUAGGUGACUGUUUAUGGAAUGACUGUGGAUUUGCGACAGUUGAAAUCGACGAAUGCAGGAUAGCAGAUGAAACAGAACAAUCUGAGAAAAGAUGGGAAUAUACAGGGUCACAGUCCCCUGGUGGCUCGUGGUCGAGUGCGUCUGAUGGUCCAGAAAAACGUUCCAGUGCUGCUUUAAGUGAAGACGGUGAUUGUGCUACUGUAGGUCUCGAUUUUACACGUGACUUUUAUCGCCUUGUAAAAUACGAAAGUACAAAAAGUUUAGCGUCAAAUUCUUCAAAAGGUGUUACAACGACAGAUGCAGCAAAUCAUUUGAGAAUAAAUGAUGUCCAAACAGUGGCUUUACAAGACCGUGAACAAGCGUUACAAAAUGUUUUAAACUUUAUAGCGGAACAGCAAAAGUAUUGCCGAGAUAGAGAGGAGUCUGAUUCAAUGUCAUCCCGUCCUGUAUCAGAAAUACGUGAAUUACCCCCUCCUUAUGCUGCAGCUGAUUUCGACGAUGAUUCUGUUGAUCCGCGUAGUGAAGUGUCUGAGGAUAGGCAAAGGCCAGAUUCUUUCGGCAGCUUCUCUGAAAAUGACUCGUGUGAUGUCAUUUCCCUGGACAGAACGAAAGUUAAAUAUUGUGAUAGUGUAUCCGAGCCAAGGUCAACUCCUAGGUUUAUUGAACGUGAAGAUCCUUACACAGAAUCGGAAGAUUUCUACGAUCUGUCUAGAGUUGAAAACGCAGAAAACGAAAUAGACGAACACCAUCUUUUAAAAGUUCAAAGAAAAAAUGAAAUUAAUAGAAGUAUCGAUAUCAACAACUCAAUAGAUUUGGAUCAACCAAGUUCGAUUAAAGAUGAAAGAUCAUGUGAGAUCGAAUCUAGUCGAAAUUCAGAGCUCAACUCCGCUUUAAAAGAGAACACGGUAAACAUUUUAUUAAACAAGCAAACUGCAAUUGAAAGGGAUGUUGAACCUAGUUUGGUAAAGUCUGCCAGUUUUCAUUGUUCCGGUGAUAGUGGAGUAUCUCUUGUUGAAGAAGUAUUAAGUGCUUGUAGACGGACAUCAGCCGUGCUAGGUACUGUUCCUGAAGAAGAGGAAAGUUCUUCUCCUGAAACGAGCUCUCCUCAAAUGACUGAAUCGAAUACAACAAGUACAUCAACUGCUGAAACUGUGAUAAUAAGUAAUAAGAAUGAGGGAACUCAUAGGGAAGUAAGACGUAGAUGUGAGAAAAGUCGAAUACCUACAUUAAUGGGUGGAAAGCGACCACCGUCUUCACCGCAAAAAACGCGGUCUAAGAUUCCCGUAGCUGAGAGGAGUCAACCUGGAUCAACACAGCUGACUUCAGCUCCGGAGCCAAUAAUUAUAAAGCAAGAAAAUACAUUAAGUUUCCACGAAGCUGCCACUUCUAAGGAUGUCAUUGAAGAGCUUAACAGAAUGAUUCGCCAAAGUGAAGGAGCAGCUGCAGCGGUCGAGGUCAAAAGCGAAGAGAAGCAGGAAAAGGCAUACGCACAAAAAGAUAAUGCGCUAUGGGCUCCUACUGGAUGGGUGCAUGUCGAAAAGGAUAUAGACUUUAGUGAUCCUAAGGCUCGUGCAAAUCUUCUAGAUGUGAUGUUAGCCUCAAGCGACUCUUCUCCUUCCUCGUGCGGGUCUUCGCCAGCAGAGCCUCCGCCUCCAUACUCGCGUCUGCAUCGCUUACACCGCUCCAGGCGACAGAAGACCGCGGCGGCGCUGCGCGUGCGCGGGCUGGGCGCACUCCGCCAGCCGCGCUACCGCCGGCCCUCCAUCCUCGGCCGCGAGGGCUUCUUCGUGCGCUACGCGGAGCCCGAACGCGCUGCUGUCGCCACCUUCGACUUCCUCGAUGACCUCUCCGGCUCCGGCUCCCCCGACGGAAACUCUAUCGAGUAGACGUCUAUGUCCUUCUGCGUCGAUUAGUAAUGUGACGUGAGCCAAAUAGUUACUAGUGUAGCGCGCCCGCAAGGCUGCAGCUUUAGUGUCCGCCCUUACGAUUUAGAUGUAGGUGUAGUCGUGUUACAAUUACUUUUAUCAUUGACGAGCACCUAGUCUUAACGUUCUUCUUAGAUGGUACGAUGGUAGCGAGAAGGACCGACGUGUCGAGGCGUUGUCGUUUGGUUUUGUGUUAGCGCUCGGUUUGACUUAUUUCGGGAAAGCGACUUGGAUCGCGUGUAUCAUUUUCUGGUUUGGUAAGCUGGACGCUUGUUCGAAUGGCGUACAGGCGAAUGAUUUGCGCUCGUACGAAUGCUUUGGAUGAACAAAAACGGCUCUAUGUAUUAUUAACAGUUGAUUACUUCCUGCGAUGUCUAGCUUACGCUUCGAACCAAAAACUAUGAAUUAGGUAAGAAGACGUAAUAAGUAAUGACUAAGUAAAGAAAGCUGCGGCCUCGAAGUAAUGUGAUAUUUUUGUAUAUACUGUAAGUCCCACUUAUUUUCGUAUACAUUUAAAUGGAUUCCUUUCUAACCGAACGAAGCGUUGUUGAAAUAAGAGUGGAGUUAUGUUCUCGAGGCCCGGUCGAUAGUAAUGGUAAAACUGGUCUAGAAAAAAAAACGUAAUAAUGGUAAUGGCAAGUUUUGAUGAUCCACCGGGCCUUUUAUAAUUAUAAGUACUUAUGUAAAUAUCGACGAUGGUUAUAAUUUACGUAUCGAGCUAGUUAUAAAAAACUUAAUUAUAAAGAAUAGUCAUUAUAUAACAAUCGAUUAAUCUUUAAAAAUCCAUUAAAUCGAAGGGUACUAAAGUAUUUUAAGUGUAUAUAUGUUAUGACGUCAUUGAAUGCUAUUUAUUGAGUUGUAUCUUUUGCGAUUUAUCGAUUAUUUGUGUAUACUUAGGUACAUAUCAUGAAUCUGUAUUAUUUGGUUAUAUCUCGAAUGAAUCAUUCACAUGUAUCGAAUGAUUUAACAAAAAAAAAAACAAUGUAUUUUUAUUCCUAUAGUACCUCAUAAAAGAUCUUCUAUUCUUGUUUUAUAUUUAAGUAAAUCAUAUUUUAUAUUACUUAAGAAAAUCGAAUGAUUACUUACGUCAUAAAUCAAUCGAUACUUGUGACAAGUUUUUGCUAUAUUAUAUUUUCAUUAAACGUGGUUAUGAACCUUGUGAAUUUUGUAGGUAUUUGCGGCUUUUAUUAUUAAUUGUAGUUAUUCUAAUGGCGCAACCAAAGCGAUUUCACACUAAAAUACAGAAUUUGCCACCACUUGUUACGCUGCGACACUAAUUUCUUGACCAAUAUUAUUUUAACCAGCUUUGUUUUUAUAGUAAAUAUUGAAGACAAUAAGGAAGAUUUAUACCUAUUAUUAUUAAUAAAUAUAAACGACUCGAUCGAUAUCUAAAAUAUGAACUUAUUAGUAUUUAUAGUAUGAUGUAAUUGGAAUAUAUUGUACAUCCCUAAUUAAGUUCGGAUACACGCUCUAGAUUUACGUAAGGAUUACAUUUUAUUUUUUCACUUUUUAUUUUUCAAUGCCAAAGUUUUAUAUUGAGACAGUAAUUAUUUAGACUCCUAUAUUAUGAAAUUAUUCUUGCGAUUAUCGAAGGAAAACUCUAGCGUGUAUUCGAAUACAGUAUAAGUUUAAUAAAUUAUGAGUGUAGUCACAGCAAUAUUUUCUUUAAAGUAAACCUCUUGGAUCCUAAGCGUUGUAAACAUUAUUUAAUGUAAAACUGUUCCUAUGGACAAUAUUCGUCCACGGUCAGUUUGUGUAUUUUAUGGAACAUGGCUAUUAUAAUUGGCAUGGUGUUAUUUAUGGUAAAUUAUACCUAAUCUAUAUAUAAAACAUUGUAUUCAUUAUAAUUGUAGGAUCCAGAAAGUACUGUGAUUUGUAACUACCACUGAAACUUUGAGCACAAUUGGUUUAAAAGUAAAAAAGAGAGAAAAUGAAAAAAAUGAAUGAUGUACUCCAAUGUUGGGUGCAGUCAUUAGUUCGUUCUAACCUAAGACAUAGAAAUAUUUGAGAUAGGUAGGUACUUUGAACAGUACAAAAACGUAGAGUAACAGUAUAAUUUUAAUUGUCUACUAUUGCAGAUGGGUUGAAUAAAUGAUUCCGUUCCCAAAUGA